UCAAAAUGCAACGAAACAUGACUUUGGGGAACCGAAGAGAAAGGGACACAACAGCUGUUCGCUUGUCAGUUGAACACCGGUCCUCUUUCAGUGAGGACGUCCUUUGUUUACUGUCAGUUUUUUCAUCAAUUCAAAUACUUCUAUCGAGUUAAGUUUUACACCACGAAAAAGCCACACUCUGAUUGGUCAAAAAUAAGUGUCCUGGGGAAAGAUGGCGGCCCCUCAAGCGUCAUCAAGCCGACUCGAAAUGCUUCAGGCUCGCUUUCAACAAAAGCAACUGCAAGAGAAGGAGCAGAAAUUGCUGCAGCUUUAUGAUCAACAACAACAAAGAGCUCAUCAAGUUGCACAGAGAGGAAGCGCCGGUUCUAAUACUUCGAAUCAGGGCUCCAACAUGAAUCAUCAAACUGUCACCAAAACUACCGCCACAACACGUAAAUCCUCCACAUCUCAAGGUGGCAAGGUGAGGCAAAUGUUUGACGAACGUCGACAGACAACGGUGAAGGGAAUUGACAGGAGUUACCCCCUAGAACCCCUGGACAACAAAUCAAAGAAACAAACGACAAAUGGUUUAACACCCGGCAAAAAUCGAAAUUUCUCGAAACAUACAGUCACCACUGUUAAAAGAACAGCCCGCGCAGAUGUCAACAGCAAUAUCAAUGAUGGAAAACCAGUCGUCUCGUAUCACGAAGAAUUCAGUCACGAAAAUUUUGGCGACAAUAUUCACGACGAUGAAUUUAUCAAUGAGAACGAUGUCUCACGUUUUAUCAAUGGAAAUGGACAAAAUCGAAAUGAAUUAUUCGACGAAGAGGAAAGGAAUCGAGCAAUGGGAAAAAUUCACAUGAUAGAUUUUGAUAAAAAUUUUCAUCAUCGUGUUGUCAACGAUCUUGAGAGUGAACAAUUUCCAGAAGACUUAAUGAUGGAGAUGUCCGAUAAAGUGGGGAAAAAGCCACUUAAUAAAAAAUUAUCUCAAGCUGAACUCAGGCUGGAGCGUUUCAAAAAUUCAUCAUCGAAGAAAAAUAUUGCUUCCAAAUCGAUAACGAAAAAACGUUCCGAUCUCAAUUCGACGACACAAACGACUGGCAGAAAUGCGAGGAGUUUGAGUCCAGAUUUUGACGAGAGGAAACAAGUGGAAAAUUCGAAAACGACAGCGAGGAGAAAUAAUGGUGGAUCACCUUUGAAAAGUCCGGACAAUGGAUUAAGGCAAGCUUCAGUGGAUCUUAAAACUACCAGACGUCCAGUUAUCCAUUCGCCAAAAAAGGAACAAAAACUCGAUUCAUCAAAAGACGAAAUCGAUUCGCCGAAUUUGGAAAAUUCGCAAAUGGAACCGAAACAGGAAACAGGAUCGACAAAUGUUAAGAAAAUGUGCGAAAACUUUAUCGUCGACUUCAAUGAUUCGGAAACGAAAAAAGUGGCAAAAAAACCGAUUCUGCGAAAUGAGAAAUCAGUAACAUCUCAGAAAGAAAGUUCUCCAAAUCCAGUACCUCGACCAUCUUCCUCUCUGUCCGCUUCCAGUGGAGGAUCAUCAAAAGAUAAAAUGAAUUCCAAGUAUAAAUCUUCCACAUCACGAGGAUCAACACCGAGAAGCUCUGCUAGCAUGGGCAGCAAGACGGAUUAUGCCGAUAAUUUGGUGUCGUGCAAGAAUUGUAGUCGUCGUUUCACCACCGACAGAAUUGAACUUCAUGAGAAAAUUUGCGCCAAAUCGGGACAAAAGAAACGAAAGCAAUUCGAUGCCAUGAAAUUCCGUCUUCAGGGAACGGAGUUAGAGCCAUUCGCUAAAGUUGGAGUUAAAAAACAAGAAACUAAGCAAAAGAAAACAACAGUAAAAUCAAAUUGGAGAAAAACGCAUGAGGAUUUCAUUAGUACUAUUAGAUCGGCAAAACAAGUGCAGGCACACUUGGCAGCUGGAGGGAAAUUAAGUGAUUUACCACCACCACCACCAAGUGAUACCAGUGAUUAUAUACAAUGUCCACAUUGUGGCAGGAAAUUUAAUGAAUCAGCAGCAGAACGUCAUAUUCCAAAAUGCGAAAAUAUGAGGCACAAUAAACCGAAUCCACGCGCUCCGCCUAAACCUAGACGAUAAUUUCCUAUUUUUUUUUUUUUUUAUUUAUUUAUUCAUUAUUGUUACAUAGAAUUUUUUUUUAAUAACACUUCCUCUUGCCUUUCUCGCAAAUUCAAACAAAUUCAAACAAACUCUAUAUAUAAGAAAUUUUCUUUUCUAAACUUUAAAUUUAUUUUAUUCAACAUAGCAAAAUAAAAUAGGUGGGAAAUUAUUUUUGAUAUUUUAACGAUUUUAUUAAACUUUUUAAAAAUACCAAAUUGUUUUCUAAUUGCUUUAGUUUUUAAAGAUGCAAGAAGAAAGAAGGAGAAUAAUAUAUAAUUUACGGGGGAAUUUUAAUCUUUCUAAUUUUAUUCACAUGCGAGAAAAAUUGUCAUUUUAAAUAAUAACAUUUAUAUAUAAAAGGAAAAAAAUUAUUUGCAAAAAAAAAAAAAAUUGACUUGCACGUUAUAAAAGAAAGCUUUGUUAAAAUUAAUAUUAUUGUCAAAUGAUAUUUAUAACCACUAUUUUUUAUUCAUGUUUGAUUUGUGUGAGUUGCUCACAUAAAAAUUUAUUUACUCGAGCGGUAAAUAUAUAUAAAUGAUAAUGGAGAA